CUUUUUCUUACAGGUGAAGCCUUUUGCUGAAACAGUUUCAUCUAGUUCAUGAACCAAAAUAUUAGACAUUCUGAAUGUUACAGAAGUGUUGAAAGACUGCUCUGUCAUGAGUACUGACAGUAACUCAUUGGCACGUGAAUUUCUGAUCGAUGUCAACCAGCUCUGCAAUGCAGUGGUCCAGAGAGUGGAGGCCAGGGAAGAAGAAGAAGAGGAGACACACAUGGCAACACUUGGACAGUACCUUGUCCAUGGUCGAGGAUUUCUGUUACUUACCAAGCUAAAUUCUAUCAUUGACCAGGCCCUGACAUGUAGAGAAGAACUCCUGACACUUCUUCUGUCACUCCUUCCCUUGGUGUGGAAGAUACCUGUCCAGGAACAGCAAGCAACAGAUUUUAACUUGCCGUUGUCAUCUGAUAUAAUCCUGACCAAAGAAAAGAACUCAAGUUUGCAAAAAUCAACUCAGGGAAAAUUAUAUUUAGAAGGAAGUGCUCCUCCUGGUUCAAUCUCUGCAAAAGUAAACCUUUUUCAAAAAAGCAGAUGACAGCGUAAAAGUACCCACCGCUACUCUGUAAGAGAUGCAAGAAAGACACAGCUCUCCACCUCUGACUCUGAAGGCAACUCAGAUGAGAAAAGUACAGUUGUGAGUAAGCACAGGAGGUCCCAUGUGCUACCCCGGAUCCUGACGCAGUCUCCUAAGGAAGACCACCUCCUCGCCAAACUUGUCCCCUCUGCAACCAAAGAACAGAUCCUUUCUGACACCAUGACUUUGGAAAACUCCAGAGAAAUCAUCCCGAGACAGGAUUCAAAUGGCGACAUAUUAAUUGAGCCAGUUGCCUUGUCUAUUCUCAGUAACAUGAAUAACUCUCCCUUUGACUUAUGUCAUGUUCUGUUAUCGCUAUUGGAGAAAGUCUGUAAGUUUGACAUUGCUUUGAAUCAUAAUUCUUCUCUAGCAGCCAGUGUAGUACCCACGCUGACUGAGUUUCUAGCAGGCUUUGGGGACUGCUGUAACCAGAGUGACACUUUGGAGAGACAAGUGGUUUCUACAGGUUGGACUGAAGAGCCAGUGGCUUUGGUUCAACGGAUGCUCUUUCGAACUGUGGUGCAUCUUAUGUCAGUAGAUGUUAGCACAGCAGAGGCAAUGCCAGAAAGUCUUAGAAAAAACUUGACUGAAUUGCUUAGGGCAGCUUUAAAAAUUAGAGCUUGCUUGGAAAAGCAGCCUGACCCUUUCUCACCAAGACAAAAGAAAACACUACAGGAGGUCCAGGAGGGCUUUAUAUUUUCCAAGUAUCGUCAUAGAGCCCUUCUUCUCCCCGAGCUUCUGGAAGGAGUUCUACAGCUCCUUAUCUCUUGUCUUCAGAGUGCAGCUUCAAAUCCCUUUUACUUCAGUCAAGCCAUGGAUUUAGUUCAAGAAUUUAUUCAGCACCAAGGAUUUAAUCUGUUUGAAACAGCAGUUCUUCAGAUGGAAUGGCUGCUUUCAAGGGACGGUGUUCCCUCAGGGGCUGCCGAACAUUUGAAAACCUUGAUCAACAGUGUAAUGAAAAUAAUAAGUACUGUCAAAAAGGUAAAAUCAGAGCAACUUCAUCAUUCCAUGUGCACGAGGAAACGGCACCGGCGCUGUGAGUAUUCCCAUUUCAUGCAGCACCACCGUGAUCUCUCAGGUCUUCUCGUUUCAGCUUUUAAAAACCAGCUUUCUAAAAGCCCCUUCGAAGAGACUGCAGAGGGAGAUGUGCAGUAUCCCGAGCGGUGCUGCUGCAUUGCAGUGUACGCUCACCAGUGCUUACGCUUGCUGCAGCAGGUUUCCCUGAGCACCACCUGUGUCCAGAUCCUAUCAGGUGUACACAGUGUCGGAAUCUGUUGUUGUAUGGAUCCUAAGUCUGUGAUUAUCCCUUUACUCCAUGCUUUUAAGUUGCCAGCACUGAAGAAUUUUCAGCAACACAUACUGAAUGUCCUUAACAAACUUCUUCUGGAUCAGUUAGGAGGAGCAGAGAUUUCACAGAAAAUUAAAAAAGCAGCUUGUAACAUCUGUACUGUGGAUUCUGACCAACUGGCUAAGUUAGAAGAGACACUGCAAGGCACCUUGUGUGGUGCUGGCCCUUCCUCUGGCUUGCCCAGUCCUUCGUACAGAUUUCAAGGGAUCCUGCCCAGCAGUGGGUCUGAAGACUUAUUGUGGAAAUGGGAUGCAUUGGAAGCUUAUCAGAACUUUGUCUUUCAAGAAGACAGAUUGCAUAACAUACAGAUUGCAAAUCACAUUUGCAAUUUGAUCCAGAAAGGCAAUGUAGUUCAGUGGAAAUUGUAUAAUUAUAUUUUUAAUCCUGUGCUCCAAAGAGGAGUUGAAUUAGUACACCAUUACCAACAACUAAGCAUUACUUCUGUUCAGACUCAUAUGUGUAGCCAACUGAAACAGUGUUUGUCUCAGGAAGUGCUUCAGAUCUAUCUAAAAACUCUGCCUAUUCUACUUAAAUCCAGGGUAAUAAGAGAUUUGUUUUUAAGUUGUAAUGGAGUAAACCAAAUAAUUGAAUUAAAUUACUUAGAUGGGAUUCGAAGUCAUUCCCUCAAAGCAUUUGAAACUCUGAUUAUCAGCCUAGGGGAACAACAGAAAGAUGCUUCAGUUCCAGGUGCCAAUGGGUUAGACAUUGAGCAGGAGUUACCCUCCUUAAGUGUGAGUCCUUCUCUCUGUAAGCAGCAAGCUUCUUCAGAUUCUCCUCGGAGUCUCAGUAAGUUUUAUGCCAGUCUCAGAGAAGCUUAUCCAAAGAAACAGAAGACUGUUCAGCAGGAUGUUCACAUAAACACCAUAAACCUCUUUCUCUGUGUGGCUUUUUUAUGUGUCAGUAAAGAAGCAGAUUCUGAUAGGGACUCUGUCAGUGAGUCGGAAGAUACUUCUGGCUAUGACAGUACUGCCAGUGAACCAUUAAGUCACAUGCUACCGUGUCUGUCUCUUGAGAACGUCAUCUUACCUUCCCCUGAAUAUUUGCACCAAGCAGCAGACAUUUGGUCUAUGUGCCGUUGGAUCUACAUGUUGAGUUCAGUCUUCCAGAAACAAUUUCACAGACUUGGUGGUUUCCGAGUGUGCCAUCAAUUAAUAUUUAUGAUAAUCCAAAAACUAUUCACAAUUCGUGAUGAGGAACAAGGAAAAAGGCAGGGAGAAAUGAGUGUAAACGAAAACCAAGAGUUAAUCAGAAUGUCUCAACCUGAAAUGACAUCGAAGGAAGGAGAUGUGUCAUCUUCAGCAGCACCAGAACUGGGACAUCUGAAAAAGAGUGCUGACAGCUUGAAUGACUUAGAGACACAGCACAUGUUUCCCACAAAUGUAGAGCAGACUUUGGUUACUGAAGCUGUUCCUGGGGAAGCAAAGGCAUUUAUGAAUCAAGACAAUGAGACCUCUCUCCAGAGCAUACGACUUUUGGAGUCCCUCCUGGCCAUUUGUCUUCAUAGCUCCAGAGCCAGUCAACAGAAGAUGGAUUUGGAGCUACCUCCUCAGAGCUUGUCUGUGGAAAAUAUAUUGUGUGAAAUGAGGGAACACCUUUCCCAGUCAAAGGUGACGGAAACAGAAUUAGCAAAACCUUUAUUUGAUACCCUGCUUCGAGUGGCCCUAGGGAAUCAUGCAGCAGAUUUGGAUCCCGGUGAUACUGUGACUGACAAGAGUCAUCAGUCUGAGGAAGAAUUGUUGUCCCAGCCUGGAGAUUUCUCAGAAGAAAUUGAGGAUUCUCAGUGCUGUAAUCUGAAACUUCUGGGUGAGGAAGAAGGUUAUGAAGCAGACAGUGAAAGUAAUCCUGAGGACGGUGACGCCCACGAUGAUGGAGUAGAAUUAAAAACUGAGGAAGAAGGUUUCAGUGCAUCGACUGUUCCGAACAACUUACUUGAAAACCUCACUCACGGAGAGAUAAUAUACCCCGAGAUUUGCAUGCUGGAGUUAAAUUUGCUCUCUGCUAGCAAAGCUAAACUUGAUGUGCUUACUCAUGUGUUUGAGAACUUUCUGAAGAUUGCCAGACAGAAGGAAAAGAACAUUUCUCUGCUCAUGCAGCAGGGAACUGUAAAAAUUCUUCUAGGAGGGUUCUUGAAUAUUUUAAUACAAACUAAUUCUGAGUUUCAAGCAUGCCAGAGAGUAUUGGUGGAUCUCUUGGUAUCUCUGAUGAGUUCAAGAACAUGUUCAGAAGAGCUAACCCUUCUUUUGAGAAUAUUUCUGGAAAAAUCUCCUUGUACAGAAAUUCUUCUCCUUGGUAUUCGGAAAAUUGUUGAAAGUGAUUUUACUAUGAGCCCUUCACAGUAUCUAACCUUCCCUUUGCUACAUACACCUAGUUUAAGCAAUGGUGUCUCACCACAAAAGUCUCCUGGGAUUCUUAACAGUAAAGCCUUAGGCUUAUUGAGAAGAGCACGGCUUUCCCGAGGCAAGAAAGAGUCUGACAGAGAGAGUUUUCCCUCUCGGCUGCUGUCCUCUUGGCACAUAGCCCCAAUCCACCUACCAUUGCUGGGGCAGAACUGCUGGCCACACCUUUCAGAAGGAUUUAGUGUUUCUCUGUGGUUUAAUGUAGAGUAUGUCCAUGAACUGGAGAGUGCUGCAGAAAGAGGAAAGAAGGUAAAGAAAAGAAACAAACCAUCAGUUCUACAAGACAGCAGUUUUGAAGGAUCAGGAAAGUCUUUCAGUUGUUUAUACAGCUUACUGUCCUGCUCAGUACACCAUCUAUGAGCCCGUGAUCCGACUCAAGGGUCAAGUGAAAACUCAGCUCUCCCAGAGACCCUUCAGCUCAAAGGAAGCCCAGAGCAUCUUGCUAGAACCUUCUCAACUCAAAAGCCUGCAGCCUACGGAAUGUAAAACCAUCCAGGGCAUUCUGCAUGAGAUUGGUGGGGCUGGUGUA